UUGUUGUUGUUGUUGACUGGCCUACAUUCUAACCUUAGAUUUUCUACCAAUGUUUCAAGGGAACUAAAAAAUCUAGGAACAGAAGUUUUUGUCUAUUUACGAAAUUGAACUGCAGUUAUGAGCUGCAUCUUGACAGAAACGAUGGUUUCAAGAUUAAAGCUAUUCAAGAAUGGUGCUCGGUCAGAGGGUGGGAAGAUGGUUGUUUUUCCAAAGUCAUUCCAGGAACUUUUAGAAGUUGCUAGCAAAGAAUUGAAAAUAAAAGCUUUAAGAAUAUUUUCAAUGGAUGGUGCAGAAGUGGACAACAUUCUUCUUUUAAGAGAUGACGAAUCAGUUUUGGUUUCUUGUGGAGAAGAUUUUAUUGGUUUGUCCCCGAAUGUUGGUAAUGUGGUCCCAUGCUCAAGCGUGCUUAAAUCUAAAGUAUCGAUGAACGCUGGCAACAGAGAGUGGGUUACUUUGAAUGUUGGAGGAACUCGGUUCGUUACCACUAGAAGCACCUUGACCAAAGAUCCAGAUAGUAUGCUCGCACGAAUGUUUUCAUCUGACGAGAAUUCAUGGUGCAGCAGGGUGGAUGGACAGGGCGCUUUUCUCAUAGACAGAUGUCCAGUCUAUUUUGAAGCAUUGCUCAAUUAUUUGCGUCAAGGGGCACUGAUACUUGACGAAAGAGUUGACGCCAAAGGUGUCUUAGAAGAAGCAAAGUUUUAUGGUCUUGGAAAAGUUGUGGAAGAGUUAGAACACCACAUAAAGAGAAUCGAAAAGAAGAGUAGCAUAUUUCCAAUGGAAAGGGCCGAAUUUGUGCGAAUCUUACUUUCAACUUCUUCUAUCUGCGAAUUGCGAUGUCAGGGGAUCGACUUAAGUGGAGCUGAUCUGUCAAAUUUGGAUCUGCGGUAUAUAAAUUUCAAACUCGCUAAUCUUGCUGGUUGUGAUUUGUCUGGUGCAAAUUUGGGGAACAGCUGUCUCGAAAGAGCGGACUUGACAGGGGCAUGUCUAAAUGAGGCAUCUCUGGGAGGAGUUAAAAUGCCAAGAGCGAAUUUAGAGAGUGCUUCGUUGGAAAGAUGCAAUUUUGAAGAUCCAACUUGCCAUAAAGCAAAUCUUGAAGGUGCUAAUUUGAAAGGAGCUGUUCUUGAUGGCAGUCAGAUGACUGGUAUAAACCUUCGAGUCGCCAAUUUGAAGGGAGCUCGUAUGCAGAAUUGCAUGUUGAGAGAUGCCGUGCUAGCUGGAGCAGACUUGGAGAAUUGCAACCUAACAGGGUGUGAUCUUCAAGGAGCGAAUCUGAGAGGUGCAAAUGUCAUUGGAACUGUCUUCUUAAAUAUAACAUCUCCAUUACACAUGGUUCAUUUAAUGUAAGAUAAGCCAUUUAUCCAAAGCAUAAUGUCUGUAUUAUAGUAAAAAAUAAUCAAAUUACAUGGAUUUGUUGAAUACAUCUCGCCAUUAUGCCCGAACACUUGAUGAAUGCUGUUAUUCAAAGAAAUACAUGUUUUCUUUAAAUGUAUGCAUUGACCUGUCUUAAAAGAGAUGUAAAUAUAUAAUGUUACUUUAGCCAGCUUUAAAACACGGUACAAUUUUUGAGUAGAUUAUAGUCUGUCUGAUGAGUGCGCAAGCACGAAACUCGGAGUAACAGAGAACAUGUCUCAUUUCUAGCCUAUCUUCUAUUUUAUUAUAUUCUAUUUUAUUAUAUCUAUUGCUCUGUGCUUUUGCACAUCGAGCACUGUCUCGUCAGAAUAGACAACGCAAUCUGGAAUAUGUAUAAUAUUUAUCUAUUUAUAUAUAGAAAUUUGUCUGUUGAUAGUUCCGUAGCACAGUGCUCAAUACAUUUGCUCGUAGAGCGUAAUAUCGUAUAGAAGAGUGAGUUUUUCACGAAACAGGCUUGUAGAGAUAAAACAUGUAGUUUUAUUUUCUCCAACUAUAUAUCUAUAUAGAGAAAAAUAUUUCCACAAGGGUGCUG